UUUCAUAAACCUGGUUAAAUUUUGUAAAUUUUGUCUUUUUUACGAAAAGAUCAGAUCUAUUGUAAAGAUUCACCGGAAGUAAAAUUUGACUUGCAUUAGAAGUUAGAAGAAUCUAAUAGGCACUGUAUUUUGAUCCCAGAGGAAAUACUGAGUACUCCAUAACGGACAAAUGAAGCACACCCGAAACAGGUGACUUAUAUUAGAAAUUGGAACAAUCAAAUAGGCACUGUCUCCACUGCAGCCUUCAUCACAAGGCUUAUAAGAUGGGCUCUCUCGCUGUUCUUCCCAGGUAAAAUAGUGAGCUUUGUGCAAUACGAAGUAAUUCCACGCUGAUGGAGCUAACCACAGCCACCCUCCUGCUCAUCUCAUUGCCUUUGAUCCUUUUGUCGUCCUUAUUACUUGGCCGCAAAUCCAAAGCAGCAAGGCCUCCUGGUCCAUGGAGCCUCCCGUUCAUCGGAAGCCUACACCACCUCCUCACGCCACUGCCGCACGUCGCUCUCCGUGACCUGGCCAAGAAGCACGGCCCGGUGAUGUACCUCAGGCUGGGCCAGGUGGACGCCGUCGUCAUCUCCUCGCCGGCGGCUGCGCAGGAGGUCCUCCGGGACAAGGACCUCAGCUUCGCGUCGCGGCCCAGCAUCCUGGCCUCGGAGAUCUGCCUUUACGGGAACCUCGACGUCGCCUUCGCGCCCUACGGCGCGUACUGGCGGACCAUGCGCAGGCUCUGCACGACGGAGCUCCUCAGCGCGCGCAAGGUCCGGCAGUUCGCGCCGGUCCGGGGCGGCGAGAUCAUGCGCCUCGUCGAGACGGUCCGCUCAGCCGGCCGAGGUGGUGAACCCGUGAAUCUCGGCGGCCUCGUGAUGGCGUGCACGAACACGGUCACGGCGAAGGUGGCGUUCGGCGAGGGGUGCGCAGGGGAGCUGCAGGCGCAGUUCCUUUCGGCGAUCGAGGUGAUUCUCAGGAGCAGCGGGGGCCUCUGCGUCGGGGACCUCUUCCCGUCUCUGUCGUUCGUCGACGUCGUCAGUGGGAUGAAGCGCCGGCUCUGGCGAGCACGCCGGCAGCUUGACACGGUCCUUGACAAGAUCAUCGCGGAGUGCGAGGAGCGGCGAGAGCAGAACAAGACCGGAGACGACGAGGACCUCCUGAGAGUCUUGCUUCGGGUCAGGGACGAGGGGCAGCUCGAGGUCCCCAUGGGCACCACUAACAUCAAGGCAGUCAUAGCGGAUAUGUUCGCUGGAGGGACGGAGACGACUGCAUCAACCACCGAGUGGGUCAUGUCGGAGCUCAUAAGGAACCCAAGCGCAAUGGCCAAGGCGCAGAAGGAGGUGCGGUGUGCAUUCAACCACAAGAACCCAGAAGACCAUGAGGCUCACAUGGAAGAGCUAUGCUACACAAAGAUGGUAGUUAAGGAGGCCAUGAGGCUUCACCCGGUGGUUCCGCUCUUGCUCCCCCGUGUCUGCAGGGAGACCUGCGACGUCCGCGGGCACAGGGUCGAGGAGGGCACUCGCGUCUUCGUGAACGCAUGGGCGAUGGCGAGGAGCCCUGAGUACUGGCAGGAUGCAGAGGAGUUCAGGCCAGAGAGGUUCGAGGACAACGCGGCGGACUACAAAGGCACACAGCUAGAGUACCUGCCAUUUGGAAGUGGAAGGAGGAUGUGUCCUGGGAACAUCUUUGCAUUGGCCUUGGUAGAACUCGUCGUGGCACGACUUCUGUACUAUUUCGACUGGAGCCUCCCUGCCGGAAUGCAGCCGGAUGAGCUGGACAUGGACACCGUUGUAGGCUUGACGGCAAAGAGAAGCAACCAGCUGCUCCUGGUGGUGUCACCAUAUAAUGUGCCGAUCCACAAGGAGAUUGAUGAAUGCAAAGCUCACUGAUGUUCAUUAGUAGUAUAGUAUAAUAAAUAAGUCGUAGGCAUCCCACACCGGAUAGUAUCAUAUUGCAUUAUAUUAUUUUAGUUACUACCAUCCUGUUGUAUAGUAUAUAUCAUAGUAUCAUCUUAUUUAUUCGAUUUUACAAUCUUAAUGUAAAGUUCUGUACAAGAUCUAUUUACCA